UGGAAUUGAAGCGGUAAGCUUCUUUUUGGCUUCUAGCACUCUGCCUAAAAAUCUAUGCACUUUCUUGGAAGAGGCUCUACUGUUCAUACUGUCACACAAUUUCUUUAUCUUCAGGGAGACCCUCUACCUGCAGCUCCAGGGAACGGCAAUGGGGGCGUCUUGUGCGCCCUCAUAUGCCAAUCUUUUCCUGGGGCUGUGGGAGAGGGGUAUCUUUCUUACCAACCCCGUACUUGGCAUCGAGAAGGUGCAAUUUUGGGGGCGUUAUAUUGACGAUAUUCUUAUCAUCUGGCAGGGUACGUCAAUAGAAUUGGAAGAAUUCAUCGCACGACUUAACUGCAAUUCCAUCAAUAUCAAAUUAACAUACUCCAUUGCUAAGCCCUCCAUUGAUUUUUUGGACAUAAAAAUUGAUGUGGACGAACAGGGUUUUAUUACGACUGACCUUUUAUGGAAGCAAACUGCGGCAAAUAUGGUCCUUCAUGCAACAUCAGCACAUCCUCGUCACCUGAUAAAUAACAUCCCGGUGGGACAGUACAUACGGGCUCGGAGAAUAUGCUCCAACGAUUUCAACUUUGAAAAACAAGCCAAAGAUCUACAGGGCAAAAAGAUGAACAUAGCGCACCCGGACAAUGAGAACAUGAUUAGACUUAUUGUGGACCAUCACUCUAGGACAUCAGAAGUACAUAAAAUUUUAGGCAAGUAUUGGCCUAUAUUAUUAUCUGAUCCAAUACUUGCGAGUCAUCUCCCGGACAAACCUUCGCUGACUUAUCGGCGAUCAAAAAACCUAAAGGAUCUGCUGGUACAUAGUUAUCACAGGGGGACCACUCCAUCUAAUGCCUUUGGGUCUAAAGGCCCGAAGUGGGGCACGUACACAUGUGGCCAUUGUGUUGCUUGUAAAAAUAUUGUGAAAUCUGAGACCUUUGCCAAUUCUGACAACAGUAAAGAAUAUCGGAUUACACAUCGAAUUGAUUGUGCCACCAAUGGUGUCGUCUAUUUGGCCUCGUGCCCGUGCGGAAAGAUUUAUGUGGGUUUAACGGGAAUUGCGCAGACGGGUCCGUGA